AGAGCUUGAGACACAUUAAGCAAAGGACGUGGACAAACCGGCGCAGAAAUAGAGAGUUGAGCCGUUUUGGCGGUGAGGAGCUGUGAAACACUGCAGCGUCCGGAAACAAAGUAACUUGAAACUGAGGACAAUGGUGCAGCACACGGACAACAGCGAGACGGAUGGGAGCAUGUCCAGGGAAGCUACCGAUUCGGAGGAGAGUGAAUUUAUGGCAUGCAGUCCCGUGGCGAUAAACCCGGACUGGUGCAAGACAGCGACCGGUCACAUCAAGAGACCCAUGAAUGCAUUUAUGGUCUGGUCCAAGAUCGAGAGGAGAAAGAUAAUGGAGCAGUCUCCGGACAUGCACAAUGCAGAGAUUUCCAAGCGCUUGGGGAAGAGGUGGAAGAUGCUCAAGGACAGCGAAAAGAUCCCGUUUAUCAGAGAAGCCGAGAGGCUGCGGCUAAAACACAUGGCUGACUACCCCGACUACAAGUACAGACCCAAGAAAAAACCAAAGCUCGACAGUUCAAAAUCAUCAGCACCGUCUCCAGAGAAGGGCGGAAAAAUUGCAAAGACUCCAAACAAGAAGUGCUCCAAGAUAAAGACUAAGAGCGGCUCCAAGUCUUCACACGGCUACGGAGACGACUGUGUGUUUCCCAGCUUAAAAGUUACAAAGACUGUGAAAAGUGAGCUCACCGAUGAGGACGAUGAUGACGAGUACGAAGAGGACUACCGGAUGAGGAUUAAACCGGGAGAGGAGGAACGCCUGAGGCCGUACAAUGUAGCCAAAGUUCCCGCGAGCCCAACUUUGAGCUCCUCGGCCGAGUCCGAGGGGACGAGCAUGUAUGAAGAGGUGCGGAGCAACAACAGACUGUUUUACAAUAUCAAAAACAUUUCCAAGCAGAGCACAUUGCACGCUGCUUCCGUCUCACCAGCAUCCUCCAGGUCGGUCUCCACAUCCUCUUCCUCGUCCAGCAGCAGCUCCUCCUCCGGCGAGGACGCGGACGAUCUGCUGUUUGACUUUAGUUUGAAUUUCGCUCCAAGCGCCCCGGGCUCGGAGCUGGGCAACCCCAAUUCAGGAAACCUCUCCCUGUCUCUUGUGGAUAAGGACCUGGACUCUUUCAGUGAGGGCAGCCUGGGCUCUCACUUUGAAUUCCCAGACUACUGCACGCCAGAACUCAGCGAGAUGAUUGCCGGGGACUGGCUGGAGGCGAACUUUUCCGACCUGGUCUUCACAUACUGAAAAACAUUUACUCUAGUAAUAACAGAGAAGGGAGAUAUGAAAUUAUAUGUGUCCUGGUCAAAUUGUCCCUAGUCCUGCCUCCUGUGGGUUUUCUGUAAGGUCCCGGAGAAGGAGGUGGAGGAAUCAUGAGCCGAGGUGAGGUUUGAGGAAUGAGAUGCUUAUGAAGCUGGUAGCAGAAAAAAAGAAAAGAAAAAAAGGCAAAGUCUGCAGACUCUCUUUUUUUUUUUUUUUUUUUUUUUUUUUUUUUUUAAUCUGGCAGCAUGACAGGGUUUUAUGGAUUUUUUCCCGUAGGUCUGCAUUUACUGUUCAGCUUAAACGGACCACAAAGGGAAAAAGACGUGAACUUCUAUGCAUCUUAUCCUCUUAAAAACAAAACAAAAAAAAAACAACAACUAAAUAAAUAAACUGCAGGGAGCUGAACACGGACUGUGGACUGUCUCAAAGCAAAUCUGUGAACUGACAAUUGUUCAGGAUGCUACUUUACAACGGUUUAUGUCAUUUCUAAAUGCCGCAAAAUGUUUGUUUGUUUCUUUUGUAACUGAUUCCGUUUACCUCCUGGUUUGGAAAAUUAAGCAGCCUAAACCUCUGCAGAAUACAGGUGUGGAGGAAACAUUUUGAUACAUAACAGACCUCAUCUUUUUAAAAGAAAAGUAAGAUAUUUUCAGGCAUAUUUUUGUACAGUUAAAAGGGAAUGUUCUUACUGUGCUUUCAGUGAGUUUCAGGCACUUCUUCCCUUUAUCAUUUCUUUUUAGCAUGCAAGGGAGUCCUGGUUUUAAGGAUUAAGUUAAAUUAAGACUUGCAUCAAAAAUGCCUUGUGAUUUUAAACUAGGUUUUGUACAGUUGUAGAGCAGAUUUGUUGAGUAUUUGUAGACGAUACAAUGGCAUCAUGGGGAACACAUACCUCAGAGCUGGAACUAGUUUCAAGAUUGUAUAUGUACUGUAAUAUAGUAAAGUUAGGAGUUUAUGUAUAUCAUACUCGUGAUAUGUGGAUGGGUCCCAAUCGCAGGUGUGAAACUGGAUUUUGGUAUUUUUUAUGGCACAUACUGUUUUUUCCCCCCUUCUCAUUUUUUGUGCAAUAUAUACUCUUGAGAUACAGACCAUCAACAAUUGUAGCAAGUGAUGGAAAAACAGACUCGUGCACUGUCAACAUCAUUUCAUGUUAUGAUGCUGAAUUCUGUCCGGGCAGGAAAAUAAACAAAUCAGCUGGAACUGAUACAAAACAAAUUAAUAUGGCCUUGUGGUGUGAUGCAUACAAUUGAGACAGAUUAAUAUCACAAUUUCAGUGUUAUGUGACACACAGGAUUGGAUAAUGGGCAUAUCCAGCAUCAAAAUUCUCAAUCUUGACUGCAAAUUAGGCAAACAAAAAGGAGUUCCGCAAAAGGGCAUAGUCUGAUACAGUGGUGGUCUGGCAUUAGUUUAACAAGCAAGCAAAAAAGAACAUUCCAUAGUCCUGUUUCAUGAAAUGAAACUUUAUUUUAAAACUGAAGACUGCCUUCUUUUUUUAAGACAUUAACCACAAACCUGUAUUUUUUAUUUCUUGCACUUAAAAAAAGCAGAUAUUGUUUAUUUUUAUGUGGGUCUUACAUAUGAAGUCUGUUUGAUAAAAGGUUUUGGAAUAUGACCUAAUUAUAUGCCGAGACGUCUUUUUUUUUUUUUUUUUUUUUUUUUUUUUUUUGGAAGUUCUAGGCAGUAGUUACUUCACAUUCCAAGUGUGAAUCUGUCUUUGACUCAUCUUUUAAUAAAUAAGUACCUACCACCA